AUGGUAGACAACGAGAACGUACUACAGUCAAGCGCCGGUGAUACGCCACACUCGUCUGCACAAACCAUCGCAAAGCGCGUGUACACUAUGCCACUACGCAUCGAUCCGAGCAAAGACCAGCUUAACUUUAUACGAUACUUGCAACUAUAUGAUCUCCUAUACGCUGCUGUUG